AUGAAUAUCUAUGAAAGAAGAUAUUUAAAAAAUUUAAAAAUUAUAUUGAUAUAAAAAAAUUUACCUAUUAUAAUCGUCAAUACUAUAUUAGAAAUUUUGAUAGCUGAAAUAUCUCCAGAAAACGACAGUCUUAAAAUCGGUAUGAAUAGAAAAUAAGAAUAGAAAGAUAAUAUAGCUGAUAGAAGGUAAGAGGUAAGAGUAAAUUUAAAUUCAGUCUUUUUCUUCAUUUCACUGAAAAUGAAUAGGAUUAUUACUGAAAAUAUUUAAAUCUUGCUUUGCUCUUCAUAUAGAUUGCUCAAAUAUAUUAAUUAUUAAAGAAUUUAAUCAGAACUGUUUUGUAAUCUUUUAGAAGAAGACAGAUUCAAAAUAGUGAGAUUAAGAAACUUAAAUAGUAUCGAAAGACCACUUAUUAUUUCAUUUCGUUUAAAUAAUCUUAGCUUGAAGUAUAAUCUCCAAGCAUAUUCUUUAUCAAAGAAUAGCUUUAGCUUUUUGAAGUAAUUAAGCAUGGCCGAAUUUGUAUGA